AUGCCUUCCAUCGCUUGUACCAAGGUUCAAUUCCCGCCGCGCCCGCACGAGGCGGGGGGCGUGUUCGGGCAGGGCCCCGUGGUGCGUCGGUGGCGCAUGGGGUCGGCGGUGCCCGUGCGCGUGGAGCUGACGGCCAACCACCGGGGCUACUUCGAGUUCCGGCUGUGCGCGCGCGACCGGCCGCAGCCCGAGGCGACGCAGGCCUGCCUGGACGCGCAUCUGCUGCGGCGCGCCCCCGCGCCCGGGGGUCCCGCCGCCGCCGCCCGGCGCGUCGCCGCCGCUUCCGCCUCCGGCUCCGCCCUUGAGGACGAGGGCGAGGAGCGCGCCGGCCGAUUCUUCCCCGAAGCCGGCGCCAACCGCGUCUUCGAGAUGCGCUACCUGCUGCCGCCGGGCGUCGUCUGCGAGCGCUGCGUGCUCCAGUGGCGGUACGUGGCGGGCAACAGCUGGGGCCGCUGCGAGAACGGCACGGAGGCGGUGGGCUGCGGGCCGCAGGAGGAGUUCCGCGCGUGCGCGGACGUGGCCAUCGACGGGCAGGGCGAGCGGCCGACGGAGGCGCCCGCGCCGGCGCCGGGCGAGGGCCCCACCGAGGGCGCUGGCGAGGGCGAAGGCGAGGGCGAAGGAGAGAGCGAAGGCGCGGGCGAGGGCGAGCGGCCGCCCACGGCCGAGGAGCACCGCGGCCGCGCCUGGUGGGCCGCGCUCGUCAUCGUGGUGGCGUCCGCCCUGGCCGCCGCCGCCACGCUGCUGCUGCUCUACGUCUACUACUACCACGCCGCCGACGUGCUCAAGAGCUGGCUGCGCGGGCGGCGCGCCGCGGCGGCGGCUGCCAACGGGGACUACGUCUCGUGAACGCCCGCCGCCCUCCGCUCCUAGAGGCACUAGAUACGAAGAGAUGCGCAUUCCUGUGCGCCGCCGACUCCGCCAUUCCAUUUGCGCGUUGGGGACCGCCAACCUAUCCGAAACCAAUAUUACUUUGCUCAAAACCUUCAAGUGUUAUCAUUUCUCUUCAACUCUGGAGUGCCACCUGACGGGGCCAUCGGGUGCGAUAUCAAAUGUUGGCGGUAGCGCUACUCUCUGUACCUAGGCACUCUCUAUCCGCUGCUUCCUCGAGUCCGGCGCCGGCCGAGGCCGUCGUGAGCCGGGGGCGUGGCCGCUCAGCCGAAGCGCGGGGGCGCGGGCGCGGGGGUCGCCGCCGGCUCCAUGAGCGACCGCAGGAACGAGUCCCCGUUGAUCAUCUUGGUGGUGGCCACCAGGAACUCCACGUUCGCUGCAACAGGCACGGCGCACAGGUGCACUUGUGCUGCAGCUACUGCAAAAAGACUUCUUACGGACGUUUCGAUGUGCAUUUUAUACGUGGGAUUUACUCGUGCGAGAGGGUACAAAUUUUAAGUGUUACUUAUAAAAUUGUAAAUAUUUUGGAUUUACAUGUUUGUUUUUAUGUGCAGCUGUAAAUUGCUUACAAUAAAGCGACAAAAUAUUACAAUGAUCUUU